CCAGCCCCACUCUGACGCCCUUCGCAUCGGAACUCACGCACUGGGCUCCGGCUGGAGAUAAAUAACGCUGCUUGGUCCUCUCAUGGGAAUUUUUCUCGCCUUGUCAUUUUUUUUUCCUUUCUCGCUGUCAUUUUUCUCUUUUGUUUCCUCUGUUACCUCAUUGUUAUACAUGCCCAAAGAAUACUCGUCUGGACGUGUCAAAACGGAGGUGGGGCUGAGAAUCAAGUAUUAACCCGGAAGAAGUGACCCAGGAAGUGAAAGUGAUUCGGUGUCUGUCGGGAUGAAGUGUAGCGGGUUACAGAAGGUUCCGACCUCAGUAAGGGAAGCUUACGUCCUUUCUUCUUUAUUUUGGAUGCUGAGAUGAGUCGUCACCUCUGUGUUUGGCUUGUUAGACAUCCAUCUCUUCAUGGUCACCACCAGUGCCACACCCCCCCCUUUUCUCUUCAAUUCGCACAAACGCAUCUUAAUACAAGUCUGGGGGUUUUUAGACAAAACAGGAAUCACAUUCUCCAUCGUCUGUUAAAUAAGAAUUGGUCCAGGAGAUACUAUCAUCAAGAGAUCAGCAUGCUCUGGAAGCAUAAAGCACUGCAGAAAUAUAUGCAGGACCUGAAUAAGGAGUACCAAACACUUGAUCGGUGUUUGCAGCAUAUCUCUGUGAAUCAAGGGGACCAAAGGUCCUUGAAUCGAAGGCAUGCUGAGUUGGCACCACUUGUCACCAUUUACGAAGAAAUUCAGGAGGCCGAACAAGCAAUUGAAGAAUUAGAAUCAAUGUGUAAAAGUCUGAAUAAACAAGAUGAAAAGCAGUUACAAGAACUUGCAUUGGAAGAGAGGCAAACCAUUGCUCAAAAAAUCAAUAUGUUAUACAGUGAGCUUUUCCAGAGUCUAGUGCCAAAGGAGAAAUAUGACAAAAAUGAUGUUAUUUUAGAGGUGACUUCUGGAAGAACCACUGGAGGUGAUAUCUGCCAACAGUUUACUCGGGAAAUAUUUGACAUGUACCAGAAUUAUUCAAGCUAUAAACACUGGAAAUUUGAACUUCUGAAUUAUACACCAGCUGAUUAUGGAGGGCUACACCAUGCAGCCGCCCGAAUUUCCGGUGACAGUGUCUACAAGCAUUUGAAGUACGAAGGUGGGAUUCACCGAGUUCAGCGAAUCCCUGAAGUGGGCCUGUCGUCCAGGAUGCAGCGGAUUCACACGGGAACCAUGUCGGUCAUUGUCCUCCCUCAGCCAGAUGAGGUAGACGUGAGAGUUGACCCCAAGGAUUUGCGGAUAGAUACAUUUCGAGCCAAAGGAGCAGGAGGACAGCAUGUUAACACAACUGACAGUGCUGUCAGGCUUGUCCAUGUCCCCACCGGGCUCGUAGUGGAAUGCCAACAGGAACGAUCACAGAUAAAAAAUAAAGAAAUCGCUUUGCGUGUGUUGAGAGCUAGACUCUACCAGCAGACUAUCGAGAAAGACAAGUGUCAGCAACAGAGUGUUAGAAAACUGCAGGUGGGAACAAGAGCCCAGUCAGAGAGAAUUCGGACAUACAACUUCACCCAGGAUAGAGUCACUGACCACAGGAUAGCUUAUGAAGUGCGUGAUAUUAAGAUGCUGGCCUUGAAGUAUUUCCAGUAAGCCAAUGUCUAGGUUUGAGCAUUUCUAAAAUAGGAGAAUGUGCUGAUCCCAACAACAACUCCAUUACAUAGAACUUCUGUAUAACACAGGAAAGGAAUUUUUAUGUGGGGAGAAGUGCCUGGAUCAGCUAAUUCAGAGAUUGCUUCAAUCAGCAGAUGAAGAAGCCAUUAUUGAAUUUUUGGAUGAAAACCUUAAAUCAGCAAAAUAAAUGCUUUAUUAUUUAUUAUUACAUAAAUGAAAUGGACCUGUGUCAAGAAGCAGACUGAGGCAUGGAAAUCUAAGUACAGCUAAAAAUAUACAGUACUUACAAAUGUAUUUUUUAAUGAAUCGAGUCACAUUUCUUGACCUAAGAGUUUAUCUUAGUUUUCCUAUAAAGCGCAGUCCAACUCUUCAAGUAGAAAACAAGCAUGCAUCGUUGGAAAGAAAAAAAUGUUUUGAGAAUUAUGCGAUAUCUUGAGAAUUAUGUUCUCUUUAUAUGCCUUUUUUUAACCAUCUAUAAAUUAAACACAUUUUUCAUCUGUUAUUUCAGAACUUUAUAUAACAUGGUAAACUUUAGUGAUAGAAGAUUUAUAAACUUCUUUGUAAGCCCCUAUUUAAAGACAAAGUAUUGUUAAUCAUGUUAUAGUUAGGGCUUAAACUCUACUUUUAAAUAAAAAAUAAACUUUGGGAGACUGAGUCAAUAAGUGAGCAUCUUGAGGACACAGAUUGUAGAGUUCUUUGAGAGCGGAAUGAAUUCUAUCCUGUACAAACUAUAAGCCAGUAUUUAAAGUAGACUUUCUGCUUGGCUUCCGUUUCUUACUGUUCUUUGGUUUAAUGAGCAUCAAAAGAUGUUGUGGUAAUUUGAGUAAUUUUCUGUGAUUGGUUCUGUGCAGUGAUAUAUAAAACUUUGUCCUUACCUUACAGAGCUUCCAGUUGAGUGAGGGAGCCAAAAUAUAAAUCACCAACUCUAAUCCAAAGUACAGGAGUUCCCCCUUAUCCAAGGAUGAUACAUUCCAAGACCCCCCAGUGGAUGUCUGAAACCACGGAUAGUACCGAAUACCUAUACAGCAGGUCCUCGAAUAACGUCAUUUUGAUAAAAGGUCAAUGAGAAAAAAAAUCAAAUCUCAGCCGGGGCCAUUGUCUGUGUGGAGUUUGCACACUCUCCCAUGUCUGCAUGGGUUUUCUCUGAGGACUCCGGUUUCCUCCCACGUCCCAAAGAUAUGCACGUGAGGUGAAUCGGCGUGUCUAAAUUGUCCCAGUCUGAGUAUGGGUAUGUGUGAGUUUUAACUUCCUUGAUGGAGGGAUGUCCUGGCCAGGGUCGGUACCGUCUUGUGCCCUGAGCUGCCAGGAUGGGCCCCAGCCGCCCAUAACCCUGAACUGGAAUAAGGGGGCUAGAAAAUAAUGAUCUUGUUUUUAUUAAUCUUUCUUAAAUGUGUGUAUAGCUCACAUUUAUUUUAAUAUUUAAUAUUAGAAGUGUUUUGGGUUUUUAUUUAGAAGUUUGGUGAUGUUUUUGUGACCAGAAAUAUGCUGUAGGAACUUAACUCCUGUUUGCAUCAAUUAGCUUAUAGGAAAAAUGGUUUUCUUGUAUGUCGUUUUGCUUAGUCGCAGUUUUCAAGAACCUAUCGACAAUGUUAAGUGAGGACUUAUUAUAUAUAUUAUGGUUCUCCUAUACAUAUAUACCUCUGAUACAGUUUAAUUUAUAAAUUACCCACAGUAAGACAUUAACAACAGUAAUAAAAUAGAACAAUUAUAACAGUAUACUAUAAUAAAAGUUAUGUGAAUGUGGUCUCUCUCUUUUAAAAUAUCUUACGGUAUUGUAUUCGCCCUUCUUCUUGAAAUGAUGUGAGAUGAUACAAUGCCUAUGUGAUGAGACACGUGAGGUGAAUGAUGUAGGCAUUGUGAUGUAGCUUUAGGCUACAAUAAGGGUCCCUUGAACACAAGCACUGAGAUGCCUUGACAGUAGCUCUGAUAACCUGGACAGCUCCCAAUGGUUGGGUGGCGCGUACAGUGUGGAGACCCCACAGGGCUGAUUCACAUCCUGUGCAGGACUGAGUGGGAUGGCUCAAGAUUUCAUCACACUACUCAGAACAGUGGGCAAUUUAAAACUUGUGAAUUGUUUAUUUCUGGACUUUUCCAUGUAAUAUUUUCAGACUGCGAUUGACAGCUGGUAACUGAAACCUUGGGAAAUGAAACCACGGAUAAAACUACAGUAGUUAGUAAUUGUUGUCAGGAAGUUUCUUGAGUUAAAAAGAGGGGUUAUUACUUAAGACAUUCCUCGGAGACAAACAAUAUGCCAGGAGAGACCAGCUAAAAUAGAAUUUUAAGACCAGUGGGAUUAUUUGGAGGUAAAGAUGAGAGAGAAAUUUUUCCCAAAAUUUUUAUUUUGAAAAAUUUCAAGCACACAAAAGCUUUAAAAAUAAUUUUUAAGAAACAAUUCAAUGAAUAUUCUAGAUUCAACUAUUGUUAAUAUUUUGCCACAAUUGUUUUUUUCUAUACACACACACACACAC